AUGGUGGAGAAAACUGAAAAAGCCUUAAAUAUUUGGAUUGAAGACCAGACCCAAAAAAAAGUUCCUCUCAGUUCUAUAAUUAUACGGGAAAAAGCUAAACAAAUUCAUCAGCAUUUUACAAGUUCAUCGCAGGAAGACGGCAAAAACUCGUCGUUUCUUGCAAGCAAAGGCUGGUUUGAAAAAUUCAAAAAUCGGUGUAACCUUCACAAUGUCAAGCUAGUCGGCGAGUCUGCCUCUGCAGAUCAUUUAGCAGCUAAGAAUUUUCCGUUAGAGUUGAAAAAUGUUAUUGAACAGGGAGGUUAUACACCUGAACAGGUAUUCAAUGCAGACGAAACUGGUCUUUUUUGGAAAAGAAUGCCAUCAAGAACUUUUUUAUCAAAAAAUGAAAAAACAGCACCCGGAUUUAAGGCUGCUAAAGAUAGACUAACCUUAUUGCUUUGUGCCAAUGCUUGUGGUUUUAUGAUGAAGCCAAUGGUCGUUUAUAAGUCACUUAACCCAAGAGCCUUCAAAGGUAAAGAUAUGAAUCACUUGCCUGUGUUUUGGAGAGCAAAUAAUAAAGCUUGGGUUACAGCACAGAUUUUUAGUGAUUGGUUUAAGAACUGUUUUAUUCCUCAAGUGGAGACGUACCUAAAAUUAAAAAAUCUCCCUUUUAAAGCUUUAUUACUGACUGACAAUGCCCCAGGCCAUCCUUCCUCAUUAGAACUUCAGCAUUCUAACAUUAAAGUCAUGUUUUUGCCUCCAAAUACCACCUCACUCCUUCAACCAUUAGAUCAAGGGGUGAUCGCAGCUUUUAAGGCUUAUUACGUAAGAAGAACUUUUAAACGUUUAUUAAAAAACAUGGAAGAAGAUCCAAAACUCACUGUCACACAAGGAUGGAAAAAUUAUAACAUCGCCGAAUGUCUUGUCAACAUCAAAGAAUCACUUGACGAAGUUCAACACUCCACUAUAAAUGCUUGUUGGCGAAAGUUAUGGCCGGAAGUUGUGUUUUUCGAUAAAAUUGACGAUCUGAGCACCACUGUGAAUCAAAUCGUAGGAAUUGCUCGAGACGUAGAAGGUUUUGAUGAGAUAAAUAGAGACGACAUAGAAGAAAUGAUGAAUAACUAUGAUCAAGAACUUACGUUGGAGGAGCUGGAAGAAAUUACCGCAAUCCAAAACGAACCAAAACAAUUUAACCAGGAAGAAGAGGAAGAAGAGCCUGUGAAGCUGGAUUUUUCCUCUAAAUCAAUCAAUGAGAUUUUUUCAUUGGCAAACCAACUGACUGAACGAGUUCUUGAGACAGAUCCACUCACUGAAAGAGCAUUAAAGUUCAAAAGGGGAAUCCAAGAACUGUUGGUGCCAUACGAAGAAAUUCGCAAAGACGUAGAAAAUAAAAGGAAACAAACAUCUAUUACUAAUUUUUUCCAUCCUUCUUAA